UCCUCCUCAUUCAUUACGGAGGAAGACGUCUGAGGAAGAAGUGGUCAGGACCGGCAGGAUGAUGACCGCCAUCGACGGGGUCGAGAGGUUUGACAGCCCCGACAAAGGGCGAGGUCUCCGCGUGACGAGAGCCUUUAAAGUCGGAGAGCUGCUCUUCUCCAGCCCGGCCUACACCUACGUGCUGUCCGCCAGAGAGAAAGGAGGAUACUGUGAGUUCUGCUUUAACAGGAAGGAGAGCCUGGCAAGAUGUGGGAAGUGCAAGAAGGCUUACUACUGCAAUGUCAAAUGUCAGAAGGGGGACUGGGCCAUGCACAAGCUGGAGUGCUCCGCCAUGGUUGCUUUCGGGGAGAAAUGGUGCCCGUCAGAGACGUGCCGACUUGUGGCUCGAAUCCUCGCCAGGAAGAAAACACCGAAAGAACGAUGUUCGUCGGAGAAGAUUUUGCCGAUAGAAGAAAUGCAGUCACACGUAGAGGACGUGGACAACGAGAAAAGGGAGGAGAACCAGGCGGACGUGGCCAGGCUGCAUCAGUUUUACUCCAAAAAUCUGGACUUUCCCGACUCCAAGGAGCUGCUCUCUCUCUUCUCCCAGGUGUCCUGUAAUGGCUUCACCAUAGAAGAUGAGGAACUCUUCCACAUGGGCACCGCAGUCUACCCGGACCUGGCGCUGAUAAACCACAGCUGUCUCCCCAGUGUCAUUGUGACUUACAGCGGGACGCGGGCUGACGUCCGAGCGGUGAAAGACAUGAAGCCCGGAGAUGAAGUCCUGAUCAGCUAUAUAGACCUUCUGUACCCGACUGACGACCGCAACCAGAGGCUGAGGGAGUCCUACUACUUCACCUGCGACUGUCAGGAGUGUAAGAGCAGGUCUAAAGACAAGGUGAAGCUGAAGGUGCGCAAGCAGAUGGAGGCCGAGGCUGCCGGCGCCAUGGUGCGCUACGCCCGGAAGACCAUUCGGGAGUUCCGGGCCCUCAAAGACCUGAAAACCCCUAGCGAGCUGUUGGAGAUGUGCGAGCAGAGCCUGGAAGAGAUGGGGUCCGUGUUCGAGGACUCCAACGUCUACAUGCUGCACAUGACGUACCAGGCCAUGGGCGUGUGCAUCUACAUGUCGGACACAGAGGGCGCCGUGAGGUACGGCGAGAAGCUCAUCAAACCCUUCAGCCAGCUGUAUCCUGCCUACUCUCUGAACGUGUCGUCCGUGUACCUGAAGCUGGCCAGACUCUACAUGGAACUGGACAGGCGCUCCAUGGGCAUGAGCGCGCUGAAGAAGGCAACGGCCAUCAUGGAAGUGGCGCACGGGAGAGAGCACGGCUACGUGAAAGUGCUGCACCAGGACAUGACUCGACUGUGAUGAGCGUCUUCCAACACUUUCUCAGGUUUUCAUACUGAAAGAAUGUAAGCCAACAAAGUGUUAUUUAUGGAUGUACUUUAAGCACACCGAGGUUUAAGGCGCACUCUCGAGUUUUGAGGGGGAAAAAAAGGAUUUUAAGUGCGCCUUAUGGUCCGAAAAAUACGGUAAGCAUUUUUAUUUUGUCUCUCCAGAGCAGGGGUCGGGAACCUUUUUGGCUGAGAGAGCCAUGAAAGCCAAAUAUUUUAAAAUGUAUUUUCGUGAGAGCCGUAUAAAAUUUUUAUCACGGUCGAGUUCAAACACAGAUGACAUUUAUUAAACAGACAAGAAGCAAGGAAUUAAACAGAGACAGGAUUCAAUUUAGCUCAAUGAGGAGAAACGCUUGGACCUGAACUCUUGUACAGUGUCGUCCCACGCUCAACAACAACUAAACGCAUGAAUCUCUUAUUCUUUUUAAUAACAUUGUUAUUCUGAAGGUAACCAAUAAUAAAUAAAAUACUUUUGACCAUUAAUGCGACUUCUUGAACAGGUGCGAUAGAAACAGAUGGAUAGAUUAAAAUGCUUGAGAAUGUUUUAUAUUUUGAACGUUAUUUUUAACACUGUGAUUACCUGCGGGAUUAUUCAUUACUUAUCGUGUUAAGCAAUGUCAGCUAAGAUUUACAGUGGGGCAAAGAAGUAUUUAGUCAGCCAGCGAUUGUGCAAGUUCUCCCACUUCAAAUGAUGACGGAGGUCUGUAAUUUUCAUCAUAGGUACACUUCAACUGUGAGAGACG